AUGCCUCCUAGCGACGGUUUCGAAGUACCCCGCGAUGCGGCCGAACCCCCCAGCGGCGGGGUACAACCUGGGCAGUCGACAGAGCUUCCGCUGCGGUCAAGCUCGGCGCCGGUGCCAAAACAAACCCUGACGGGGAAGCAAGAACAUUACCUAAAACGCGAACUUAUAUCAGAACAAGUCAAGUGGGAAGUCUCCGAGCUUAACUCUCCCACUGCACUCCGGCGGUUCGGGGCCCCGUUUGGGUCGCCGCUCGGAGAGGUGUCGCCUCUUGAUUCCGAACUUCCCAUCCUUCGAUAUAUCUUCGUCCACCAUGUUCGCGAGUUCCCAUUUCUCGACAAGGCGAAAGAGAAGGAGUUUUGGCAGGAUAAGCUACAAGUGUUCCUGGAGUCGUUUGCGAGCAAGAGCAUCUCGUCGUCCGAGGACCGGCUAGAGGAAACAAAGCGAAAGAAGCUAGCGAGCAAGGCGAAGAAGCUGGUGGAGCUAAUGAUGGUGUCGGGAGUACCGACCUCGUCAGGAUUCGAAGAAAGGAUUAGGUUCUCUGAGCUCGAAGUCGUUGAUGCAAAUGCGAUCGAUACUGGUGUUCUCGCCACACUUCCCGAGGGAAAUUACUUGAACGGCUGGGACGUCAACGUCGCGGGUGUUCGGAUGGUUAGCGUCAAGAAGAAGCUGAGACAACACCAACAUGCUGAAUUUAUCCUUCGCGUACAAAGGAAAGGCCGACAGGAGCACCAUGUCGGACGACGGUACGGCGACUUUGCCCGCUUGCAUAAGAACCUGCGGACCGAGUUGCCGGGCAAGGUCCUCCCACCCCUUCCUCAGAAGAACAAAUCGCACUCCACGGCCCCGAGCAACGUCGGCAGCCAUAGCGGGAACAACUCGGAGACAUCAUCUAUAUCCUCCGUUUCGACAGCCUUUCCCAAUAGCCCAGUGCCGAAUGGCCCCAGCCACCACAGCGACGCUAUCAACAGGCUGCUGUCUCCAAAGGACAAUAAUUCGGGUCGAUUCUCCCCCCGUAACUCUGUCGACAGCCGACCAGCAAGCCCAGCUCUCCUAAGCCCCAAACCUCAAGAGGCGGUUGUGAUAUGGCGAGAGACGCAGAGAAUCUCACUGCGUGCCUUCCUACGCUCCUUACUCCAAAAUCCACAGAUUGCUAGCACCAAGGCCGUGGAAGAGUUCCUGCAAGCAGAUCCAAUAACGCUGAAUCUCGAGGAUGUUGAUGACAUUUCCCGUCGAAAAUACGUGGACAAGAAACGGGUGGAAGAACAGAAGCGGUUCUACGAGGUCGCGAGGAAGCGUGCAGCAGAGCUAGAUGUCUACAUGGAGCAGUUCCGCCAGGACAUCGUUGAGCGCAACGGCUUGACGAUGCUAUUCCAAGAAAUCCGCGAAAAGGAGACGAUCCAGGAUCUGAGUCUACAAUACCAAAAGUUCGCCGAGUGGUUGCGCAUUGAAGUGGCGGCCACCAUCUACCACCUCUUCCUCGCAGAGGACAACUCACCAGAACUCUUUGCUCAGGCAAAACGGAUCCAUUCGCUCAUCCCAUACACCCUCAUGAAGAACGCCAUCCGAAUUGCCAACCCCGCGGCCGUCAUGUCAAGCAUUCUCGACAUCUUCUUGGCCCAGCCAUUUGGUGCAAGAUCUUUGAUGCAGCGCAUCUUCUCAAUGACCCUGAACGACGGGAUCCGGACUUAUCAGCGGUCGAUCGAUGCGGUUGGUGAGAAGAUUGGCGAUUCCUUAUUCGUGAGCAAGCUAAAGACCUUCACAAACGCCGAUGAGCACAUUAAGGAGGCCAUCAGGGAGGAGGCCCUAGCAGAAGAUCUAGAUAUCAUCGUUGCGGUUCUCCGAUCAGAGCUCGUGGGUCCGGCAUUAGAACCGGAGCAGAUUGGGCGGCUGUACAACGCGUACGUGGCCUUCAACAAUGCCGUCGAAAAUGUCGACGAGGAACUCCGGCAGGGCGCCCAGCUCUUUUCGUACCUCAAGCAAUUGCAGAAGCUGUAUCUCCGACAGAGGGAUAAGGCCAUGAUGUUGAAACUCAUUGAGGAGCCUGUGACAUUACAAUUGUUCCGCGACCUGUUCACCAUUUUUUAUGAACCGCUUGUCAGGGUGUACAAGUCGGCCAAUGUGUACAACAGUGUCACGGAUUUUGCGCACUUUAUCGAUGAUCUCAUCCAGGUUGUCGACAAAUGCCGCGAACAGGACGCAUCUGCGGAUCCUAACCAGACCGUGCAGGCCUUCAUCGACUUGUGUCAGCGGCACGAGCACCACUUCUACAGCUUCGUGCAUGAGGUCCACCGACAUGACAACGGUCUCUUCACCCAGCUCAUGGGCUGGAUCGAGGGCAUUCUUGAAUUCCUGCGCCACGGUCCCAAGAAUGGCAGCCUCGACAUUAAUGCGCUGUUCGAAGGUGCCACCAGCACGGGUGCCAUUAACAAGGAGAAAUCCAUUGCUGAGAUCGACAAGCUCAUAGCAUGGCAGGAGGCGCGCAAGAAGUGGCACCACGACAAGACACGGCAAAAAAUGGCGGCAGAGGGGGGCCCCGGCGACACGGAGAACGUCCCUGGGGCUCUGGCAUUCCGGUCAACUGACUUCGGACUAGAUCAAGAAGAUCUGGCAGAGAUGGAGUACGACGAUGACUCGGACGAGGAAGCAGAAGCUGCAGAGGAGGAAGAGCUCGAUCCCAUUGUGGCCGAACGCAAACGCCGGAAUAGAGACAAGGCCCGGCUACGACGUAAUGCGGGCGAGCCGGAGAAGCCCGAGGUUGAAGAAGUACAUAAGCUAAAGGAUAACUUCUUGGUUAUGCUACGGAUGGUGCUGGCGGACGGGCCACUCCGCGCGAAGGAGGCAUCACCAUUCCUCAGCACCAAGUACCCGGUCAUCGACCACGAAUACGAUGCCCUCGUUGUCGGUGCCGGCGGUGCCGGUUUGCGUGCCGCCUUCGGCUUGGCUGAGGCCGGCUUCAACACUGCUUGCAUUUCCAAGCUUUUCCCCACGAGGAGUCACACGGUCGCCGCCCAAGGUGGUAUCAAUGCCGCGCUCGGUAACAUGCACGAGGACGACUGGAGAUGGCACAUGUACGAUACCGUGAAGGGCUCCGACUGGCUCGGUGACCAAGAUGCGAUCCACUACAUGACCCGCGAGGCUCCCGCCUCCAUUGUCGAGCUCGAAAACUACGGCUGCCCCUUCUCCCGAACCGAGGAUGGCAAAAUUUAUCAGCGUGCUUUCGGUGGUCAGUCCCAGAAGUUCGGCAAGGGAGGCCAGGCCUACCGCUGCUGCGCCGCUGCCGAUCGUACCGGCCACGCUCUCCUCCAUACGCUGUACGGCCAGUCGCUGAGGCAUAACACCAAUUACUUCAUCGAGUACUUCGCUAUCGACCUGAUCAUGCAAGACGGCGAGUGCCGCGGUGUCCUGGCUUACAACCAGGAGGACGGCACGUUGCAUCGUUUCCUUGCCAACAACACCGUCCUGGCUACCGGUGGCUAUGGCCGUGCGUACUUCAGCUGCACCUCGGCCCACACCUGCACUGGUGACGGUAUGGCCAUGGUUGCCCGCGCCGGUCUGCCCAACCAGGACCUUGAGUUCGUUCAGUUCCACCCUACGGGUAUUUACGGCGCCGGCUGCCUCAUCACUGAGGGUGCUCGUGGCGAGGGUGGCUACCUGCUGAACUCGGAGGGUGAGCGUUUUAUGGAGCGGUAUGCUCCGACUGCCAAGGAUCUUGCUAGCCGUGACGUCGUCUCGCGUUCCAUGACCAUGGAGAUCCGUGACGGCCGCGGUGUCGGCGCCGACAAGGACCACAUCUUCCUCCAACUCAGCCAUCUGCCCGCCGAGAUUCUCGCCGAGCGUCUGCCUGGUAUCUCUGAGACUGCGGGUAUUUUCGCUGGCGUGGAUGUUCGCAAGCAGCCCAUCCCCGUCUUGCCCACCGUCCACUACAACAUGGGUGGUAUUCCUACCAGGUACACUGGUGAGGUUAUCACUGUGGACGAGCAGGGUAACGACAAGGUGGUCCCUGGUCUCUUCGCCUGCGGUGAAGCCGCCUGUGUCUCUGUCCACGGUGCUAACCGGCUCGGCGCUAACUCCCUGCUCGACCUGGUCGUUUUCGGCCGUGCGGUCUCUCACACUAUCCGCGACAACUUCACACCCGGCACCAAGCUGAAGCCCCUUGCCGCUGACGCCGGUGCUGACUCGAUCGAGGUUCUCGACCAGGUCCGCACCUCCGACGGCCCCAAGAGCACCGCGGAGGUCCGUCUCGCCAUGCAGAAGACCAUGCAGCGCGAGGUCAGCGUUUUCCGUACCCAGGAGAGCUUGGACGAAGGUGUCAGGCAAAUCAACGAGGUCGACCAGACGUUCUCGCAAGUAGGCAUCAAGGACCGCAGCAUGAUCUGGAACUCGGACCUCGUCGAGACUCUCGAGCUCCGUAACCUGCUCACUUGCGCUACCCAGACCGCCGCCUCCGCCGCGAACCGCAAGGAGUCGCGUGGUGCCCACGCCCGGGAAGACUUCCCUGACCGUGACGAUAAAAACUGGAUGAAGCACACGCUCAGCUGGCAGAAGCAGCCCCAUGGCAAGGUCGAUCUCUCGUACCGCCGCGUCAUUGGCACCACCCUCGAUGAGAACGAGUGCAAGCCCGUGCCUCCAAUGAAGCGUGUCUACUAA